AGUUUAGACAAUUCCGAGCUUGAGAUAAAAUCUUCAAUUACUGUUUCUUCGGCUAAAAAUUCUGGGUUCGAGAAAAUCUGAAGUACCAAGCACAAUUAUUCAUUUAGAUAUUACAAAAAAAUAGAUUAACGGACAUCUUAUAGAAAUAAGCAUAUUUUUGUAUUGAGAAGAUGAUCUAAGUAAAUCCCAACGCCUCGUCGCAGUUAAGCCUAUUUUUAUAAAUUUCUUCGUAUCCUUUAAUAGAUGUUACUGAUAUAUUUGCUUCUUGUUUGCUUCUUGUAUACAUAGUAUAUUUGGUUUUUCAUCGUUGAUGAUCUUGAAUAGAUAAAGGAGGUGAGAUACUAAUCCAUUUAUAUUCCAUUGUCAAGAUAUAAUCAUUCAGUGUUUGACCAUCGAUGUAAACAGAUGUGCCAACGCUGUGCUCUACCCGAAAAGCUAAAGUAUUAGCCUAUCAAAUGAAGUGAUAGUUAAAAUUAAAAUUAAACCGCAUAAUUAGAAUAAGGAUUAGUAAAGGCCAAAAUGGUCACCUAGAUAGGGAACGUUAUAUCUACUCCUACACAAAACAAUACUGAUAAGUGGAAAAUAGUUGGUAGCAAAACGCAGCUAAAUAACCCAGAUAAAUACACUCAAAACAAAAAAACACCGACAAGCACGUCUACCCGAGUAUUGGCUGAGUCAAAACACUAAUAAAUUCGACAUUCUACAAAAAAAAAAGAUUCUGACGGUAACGAAGCAACUACAGUAAAUUCAAAAGAAGGUAACACGGUGCCAAUCAAAUCACCUAUCUUCGUUUUCAACGUUGAAAACAUUCGACUAUUAGAAUCCUUGUUAAAUUCCAUAGUCAAGGAGAACUUAACUUUGAAAAUAUUAGCGUCAGAAAAGUAUCUGCCAAUAAUUAGCACACUUAAGGAAAAAAAUACGCAGUUCUACACAUAUCAGCGUAAAGUUUUUAAGGUUAUUAUAAGAAGUAUGUAUCCAUACGUCGACACUGAAGAGUUAAAAAAUGCCAUUGAAGAAUACGGACAUAUGUUAAAGUGACAGUAAAAACUUUGAAACAUCCGACACCGUAUUACAAAACUACCAUUAUCAUUAUUCACCGUCGAAAUUGAACAUAAUUACAAGAAUCAAGAAAUGUACCAAAUUAAUCGAUCACUUAAAACUGUAAUCCAAUUUGAACCGCCUCACGUUAAAAGGGACAUUCCCCGAUAUCAAAACGGCCAAGAAUUCAAGAAUACUAAAAAUUACUGUUUUAAAAGAGCAGUUUGUGUGAAAUGUGCAAAAUAUUACGCAACUAGCGAGUGUCCAAUAAAAAAAAUAAGAGAAGUAACAUAUACAAACUGUAGAGGAAAUCAUACAGCAAAUUACAAAGGAUGUCCAUUGUGAAAACAGCAAACAAAAUCUUUUUCCCAGAUUAAAAGAAAAGACAUAAAUUAAAACAAUAAACAAGCUCAACCUAAUUUAAAUAGCAAUGCAAACAGAGACAGACCAAACACUACAAACAAUCAAGUAGCAGAAAAUCAAAACAAACAAAAUAAGACAGAAGAAUCAAAACAAACAAAUGAUCAAACGGAAUCAAGUAAACACACUAAAGAAGCACACACUAGCGAAAUUUACCUACAAGAAACUAGUGUAAUCAUAUACGACAACAACGGUCCAAUAACAGUAUCAGCUAUUUAUUGUCCUCCAAACAAAACAGUAACAAAAGAAAACUACUAUGAAUUUAACAAUAAUCUACGCGAUGGUUUGAAUUGUUACAGUCAUAGUUCUUAUCAAAUUUUUUUCUAUUUGUAAAACACAUCCGAACAGAUGUAUGCACUAAUUAACAACAUGGAACAUCACUAUUGCAACAAAUGAUACAAGCUCGAACACGCAAAAGAGUAAUAACGAACACAAAUACCAGAUAUGAUUACAAAAAUAAGUAAUUACGUUUGACCUAGAAUUCUGCUUCAAAUACUAGUAUGUCCAAAUACUAAUGAAUGUUAAAUAAUUUUUAUUAUAAAAUGAAAAUGCAAUCAUCUCCAAAAAAAAAUAAUGUUAAGGGGAAAAAAGAUGUAUCUGCAGUAAAUCUAAAAUCAGAAGAUUGUGAUAUCAGUCAGCUAAAAAAAAAUUCAGGAAGUAAGUGUGUAUUGGAGAUAGGUGGUAAAAAUCAAGAAAGUUCAAAAAUACGUAAUCAAAAAAAGAGCAAAAGAUCUAUAAAAAAUGCCGAAAUUGAAGGAAAUAAAACAAGUGUUGCUAAAAUGGAAUUAACUCGAAAUAUUAGCCGUAAUACAUCAGAGUUAUUUUUCAUAAAUAAUGUAUUAAAACGAAGUAUUCCAUUGCCCUUAACAAUACCAUCAGUUAGAGGCUACGAUUUUAACAGCAGCGUUGACUAUUCAUCUAUUCUUUCAAGUUACAAAUACUCGGGGUUUCAAGCAACGAAUUUUGGGUUAGCUGUAGAAGAAAUUCUCAGAAUGCUGGUAGCUCGUAGGGUACCUUUAGAGAGAGGCCAGGAAGAUACUUUAGAGAUGGAUGAAUUCAUAAAAAGAAGACAUAGUUGUACAAUAUUUCUUGGCUUUACGGCAGAAGAAAUGUUGUCUAAAGGAGUUCGAGAAACUGUACGAUUUUUAGCUGAACAUAGAAUGAUAGAUUGUAUCAUCACGACGACACGAACAAUCGAAGAAGAUUUGCUUGAGUGUUUAACUUCGAUAUCAUCUCAAAAUAUUUAUGGUAAAACUGAUAAGAAGGGAAGUAGUAUUAACAUAGCCGAGAGCUCGAUUAUUACGAAUACUACUUAUUCUCAGUUUAAAGACUGGAUCAUACCAAUACUAGAUAAAAUGCUGGAAGAGCAAAAAAAGGGAGUUUUAUGGACUACUUCGAAAAUUAUUACGAGGCUAGGUGAAGAAAUAAAUAAUGUCAAUUCAAUUUACUAUUGGGCGGCUAAAAAUAAAAUACCAGUUUUCAGCCCAGCUCUUGCGGCUGAUGGAAAUCUUGGAAAAAUGAUGUACUUUCACUCUUGCAAAAAUCCUGGGCUUGUAAUAGAUAUAUUAUCUGAUUUGAAGCGUAUUAACACGUUAGCAAUUAAAGCAGUAACAAGCGGAAUGAUUGUAAUAGGUGGAGGCAUUGUCAAACAUCACGCUUUGAGCGCUAAUUUUAUGAGAUAUGGUGCCGACUUUGGAGUCUUUGUGAAUGCUGUACCUGAAUAUGACGGUAGCGAUAGUGGAGCAAGACCAGACGAAGCUGUUUCAUGGGGAAAAAUAAAAAAAGAUUCUAAAGCUGUCAAGAUUCAUGCCGAAGCAUCUCUAAUCUUCCCUCUUUUAGUAGCAGAAACUUUUAUACGUCAUUUCGUUUCUUAUAAAAUGAGAAUCGUGACUAGUGUUUGA